GAAAAAUGAUAUAAUUUAUCGUAUAUAUUACUUUUAUGAGACAGUGAGAGUACUGUAAUAUGAAUGUAGUACAUUCCCAACUCAAUUUUAUGGCCAACUAAACAGAACUUGUGAAUGAGCAAAAACAAUUCAGGAGAUUAGUCAAUUAUUGUGAGGCUGGAGUGGUGGACAAUCUCUCCCUAUAUAUGACAAAAUCAUCCGCACAGCUUAUCCACUUAAGGGAAGGUAAUAAAAAAUAAAUAAAAUUACGGGAGAAAUCCAAUUGCUAAUGGCAAUCGGAUUUUCCAGGAAUCUCUUGCAAAUUAGGCAAUUUUCGACCAAACCCGAGUGGGAAAUGGACAUAAAUAGUUACUAGUAUAAAUACUCCAAAACGUAGUUCGACACAAAUAAUGUUUCAGUUUCAAGCUACUUGCUAGCAAUUCUUUUUCUUAAUUACAAAGGAUAAAUUAUUUCAUACCGAAAAUCAUCAUCAAUGGCCAGGAUCACUCAGUUUGCUCCAGAGGUUCGUGUCUUCCGGUGGAACGCAAACUUGCCGACGAACGCCUCAUGCGGCGGCGUAGUAGUCAUACGCGCCACCACCACCUUCUUAUUCCGUUCACAAAUCUCCCCGAAAAUUGAGCAUCUCAUCACCGCACCAUAUUCCACAACCAAACAACCACCCUUCUCAGAUCUUAACAGCACAAAAAAAUUGCUGAUCGAGGUCAUCCAACAAAUCCCUUUUCUCCGUCCCUGCGAGAAUAUCAAAACGGUGGUCCACAAAUUAGCUGAGGACCUAUUUUGCAAAUUCCGUUUCAGUCCUAAAAUAUCAUCGUCCAACUCCAACAGGGGAAACCCGCCAAAACUGGUUGUUUUGCUGGAUUUGGAAACCGUUGUGUCGACGGAAAAUCCUAAUUAUGUGGAUAAGCUUGAUAUGCAUAGAUCGAUUUGGGAGAAUGAGCAGUUAAGGAAAGCUCUGGAAGAUGACGAGGGAAUGAUUCCGGUUGAAAUCAAGGAGGUUGAAGAUUUUUUGGAAGGCGUUGGCGGGAGGAUUGAAGCUUUUGUACCAAAGGGAUUGGAUGAAGAAAUCAAGCCCGCUGUGGAGAUUAAAGUGUUUGCUGCUGAUGAUGAUUCACAAGCGGAAGAAGUGUUGUGUUCCAUAUGUUUGGACAAACUCUCUGUUGGGGUGGUGGCUGAGACUAGUUGCUCCCACAUGUUUCAUAAGGCUUGUGUCUCCGAGUGGCUUGUCGGGACUAAUUCUUCGUGUCCGAUGUGUAGAUCAUCUUUCGGGAUUACUGUCUAGGUUGUAGUAUUUGUUGUUUAGUCUGGUUCCUUAAUUCGAUUAAAUGUAACAAAGAUUGUGGAUGAUGUUUAAAGGAUUUUGUUGACUUUUUGGGAAAGUACAACUUGUUUUACACAAAUUUCCUUUUGCUUCGAAUGAAACUAGUGGAAAUCAAGUAAUGUGAAAAAACAAUAGCUCGAAUUAAAGUGAAUUGCGAUCAGUUCAGUUCUCUAAUGUUUAUUGUCACAUUCCCGUAUCCUUUGUCG